UCAAACACACAAACGAUCGCUUCAAAUUGUAUUACAAUGACACGUUUAAUAAGGCGUCGACAACGACGAAAUUAUCUUCGUAUUAUCGGACGUGGGUUUCCGGUGCCCGUUUUCGUACACAUGACAGAAAAGUGAAGUUGACAAGUGACAAGUUAAUUUAGAUACGCAACACCAUGGCUGACGUGAAGAAACUAGUGUUCUCCAUAAUAAGAUUCCUGCAAGACCAGAGGACUAGCAACACACUAGAGGAAGAACAAGCUGAGAGUUUAGAAGUGGCCAUCCAGUGUUUAGAAUCGUCUUACAGCAUAGACUCCUCAGAUGAGCAGACUGUCGCCAAGUACCAUGUACAGAGGAACCUCCUAGAUAUAUUUAACGCACAAAUGAGUUUGGAGCUGCCUGUCUGCACUGCAGACGACGAAUGCUUUGGAGUGUCUGCAUCUACUACUGCAGCUGAUGCAGAUUUCACUGAGCUAUCUCUACAUGAAGCAACACCUGAAGAGAAAGAAGAGGCAGAAAUUCUUAAAAACAAAGGGAACGAUUUUAUGAAGUCAGAAAAGUUUUCAGAUGCCAUUGAGUCCUAUUCACAGGCAUUGAAAUUGGACAACAAAAAUGCAGUAUAUUAUUGUAAUAGAGCUGCUGCCUAUAGUAAAAUCAGCAAGCAUAAGAGUGCAAUAGAAGACUGCCAGAGGGCCCUCACUAUUGACCCACUAUAUAGUAAAGCAUAUGGAAGGAUGGGGAUAGCGUACACAGCCCUGGAGGACCAUGAGAGUGCCUUUGAGUGCUACAGGAAGGCCCUGGAGUUGGACCCUGACAACCAGAGCUACCAGAACAACCUUGAGAUAGCCGAACAGAAGCUGCAGGAGUCCGCUGCUAAUGCUGGUUUUGGUAUGGGUCUAGGUGGAGGCAUGCCUGGAAUGCCAGGGAUUGGGGCACUGCUCAACAACCCAGCUAUGAUGCAGAUGGCCCAGCAAAUGAUGUCAAACCCAGAAAUGCAGAAUAUGAUGGCCAACAUGAUGCAGGGCAUGAGUCAAGGAGGCCAGGGCGGUGAUUUCAACUCCAUACUGCAGAUGGGUCAGCAGAUGGCUCAGCAGAUGCAGGCACAGAACCCAGAGCUGGUCAACCAGCUACGAGAGCAGAUGGGCCGACCACCCAAUCCUCCAGGGGAUGGGGACCAACCACCUGCAUCCGGUAGGUAGCCGAUGGCCAGGCAUGACGACUAUAAGAAAAAUGAGAACAACUGUUUAUAUUGAUAUGGAUGGAGAUUGCUCGGACCAACCAUGCUGCAAUGUUGUCUGUCUUUGAUAUGCUGUUAACUUGUAGCUGGAAGACCUUGAAUCAUGCUACAUUGUUAGUUUGAUUAAAAUUAUAUAUUAUGUGUGGACAGCUGACAUUCUAAUGAGAUGGUUAAUACCUUGUAUUUUGACAACUGAUCAGGUUUUGGUUAAUAAAUGUCAUGCUUGAAUGAAAGCAAAAGUGUUAAUAUUAUACAACUGUGCACUACUUAGAUGUUGAAAAUUAAGAGUUUAUUAUUUUGAUUAUUCCAAGAUAAUUUUUAACUUCAAUUAAUUUGGAUUGAAACAUGGUUUAAAAUGUGUUGGUAAUUUUACACUUCUUCACAGAUUUGCAUAAGAAAAUGAGAAACAUAUAAUUAAAUAAAAUUGAGUCUUUAGUAUGUUUUAAUGCAGAAAUUGAAUUGCAACUAAUAUGUAUAACGAGUAAUAUAGUAUUACUUCAUGUAUGUAUAUAGACUAAUUUAGUUACAAAUGUCAUGUUUUUGUUCAUGUUGAGUUUAGUAAUGUGGUAAAGUAUUUGAUGUGUAGGUGUAUUGUUUCUCAUCUUUAUUGACAACAUGUUAAGUUAUUAUUUCAUCGUUAAUGUGCACAUGUUAGUGUUCUCAUUUUUUACACAUGGAUUCAUUAUUUACCUACAAUAUUUCUCAGUAAACACUAUUAAAAUUAAUUUACUUACAAUAAUAAAAUAUUGAUCCUGUAAGAGGUUAAAAAACAUUUGUCUAGUCUUGAAUGGAUUUAAUCUGUCAAAUAAUCAAGCAAGAAUUGAAUUGUGAUCGUAUUUUAUAAAUAAAUGAUAAAUUUCACAA